AUGGAUCGGCGUAUUGGCUGCCUCAAUGAUGCCUUGGCUCAUGCCCGCCAAGACUUACGUGCCCUCUCUGAUGACAGGCAGAAGACAGAGUUGCAACUUCUGGUACACUACUUGCUUUUUCAGGUUUUUUUUGAGACAUUGCAGCGUACCCUCUUUAUGGUAGAAGUUUAUGUUCGUCGUUUUUGUGCCACCGAAAAAUCGCUUUCAGGAGGAGGCGGUAGCAGCAGUGGUACUGGUAACAAUAAAGUUAAUAUAAACACUAUCAGCUUUGGUGGUAAGAACAAGAAGGAGAUACCACCAUCGCAGUACGCCUCACCGCUGGAAAUUGUUCGUCUGUACGAUGCAGCUCUAGAGACGCUGGAUGAAAUGGAGCUUAUUCCAGGCGUUGCUGGGCGUGCAGAGGUGGAGGAGUUUACUGCGCUUUGUCACGCCGGAAAGCUUCUUUACAUGGGGGAGGGAUGGCGUAUCUCACGAGAAUUGGUGCGGGCGCAAAACUGCUACAGGGCUUCCCUUGCUACCCUUGAAGAGGUGCCGUCGACACCGCUGGUGGAGACGCUUCGCUUGGUGGUAGAGAAGCGCUCUCUGCAGUUGGCAUCCUCGGCGCUUCUCACCACUGUCCCUUCUGGUGUGGCUGUGGGCAAGGUUGGGAAAGAGAUGGAGGAAAAGGAGAAGGCGACACAGUACCUUGUCGAUGCCGGCGAUCAAGUAACUGUCGCCCAGAGCAUUAUUAAAUUCCCUCCGGACUACCAAGCCGUGCCCUGUAAGCCCGUAUUUGUGGAUAUUGCGUUGACUUAUGUCGACUACCCAACCCAAGAGGUUGCUUCCUGCACGAAGCCACAAAAAGAGGAACAAAUUUCCGACUCCGCUGGCAGGAAGGACGAGAAGCGCUGGAAGUGGGGCUGGGGAUGGCGCAAGUGA